AUGGGACCGUACUGCCGAUUAGUUGUCUUCAUUGUGAUAAUCGGCACAGUGAACACAAUCAACGAGAAGGAAUACACUCUUGACGACGAAUGCGGACAACAUUCGACGAAUCUUGAGUUGGCUCAAGGGAGAUCCGCGCAGGAACCAGCGGAUUAUGUGACUUUGGAUCAUCGUCUGAUCGGGGGGUCAGAGACACGACCGCACGCAUGGCCAUGGACUGUGCAACUUCUUUCUAGACUCGGACAACACAGAUGCGGUGGCUCUUUAAUCGACCCCAAUUUCGUGCUCACGGCAGCGCACUGUUUUGCGAAAGACCGACGACCGACAUCUUAUUCUGUUCGAGUGGGAGGUCACAGAUCUGGGUCAGGGAGUCCUCAUCGUGUCACUGCAGUUUCGAUACACCCGUGGUACAACAUAGGAUUUCCCAGCUCCUACGAUUUCGCAAUUAUGAGAAUUCAUCCACCCGUCAACACAUCUACCACAGCAAGACCAAUAUGUUUACCACGUCUACCCGCCAUUGAAAAUCGUCUGUGCAUAGUCACUGGUUGGGGAUCUACUCUUGAGGGCAGCUCUGCAUCUGCACCAACAUUGCGAGAGAUUCAUGUUCCCCUCUUAUCCACUCUCUUCUGCAGCAGUCUUCCGAACUACAUAGGACGCAUACAUUUGCCGUCAAUGUUAUGUGCUGGAUACAGUUAUGGGAAAAUCGAUUCUUGUCAGGGUGACAGCGGCGGACCGUUAAUGUGUGCUCGUGAUGGUCACUGGGAGCUCACAGGCGUCGUUAGUUGGGGAAUCGGAUGUGCUCGACCCGGAAUGCCAGGAGUUUAUGGAAACGUGCAUGCGGCAUCAACAUGGAUCAAUUUGGAAAUGAGCAGACUUCGAAUCUAA